UUAUUUUUUGUAGCGGUAGCCGGUUGGGAAUAUGAAACCUGAAAUGCAUAUGCUACAUAGAAAGAGUGAAACGUACGGAUGCGAGAACGGCAUAAGAGCUUUGAAUUUAAAAACCAAACAGAUGCCAUCUCCAGCCGUACACCGGCAGCAGAUGCCAUCUCCGUCAAUCUCAGCUAAGCCACGAUCGCCUUUCUAUUCAUCUUCAUCUUCUACUUAGGGCUUCUGAUUUUGAGAAAUUUUGCUCUUUGGUCGUAUUAAAUGCGACAAGCCAAAUUAUUCUGUAAAGUAAACCGCAUGCUUUAUGAAGACACAAUCUAUAAAUAAGAUGGAAGUUUCUCACAUAUUCUACAACUCAAACCCCAUGGCCAUGGAUUCUACUUCUGAAAUUGGUGCACUGAUAAUUGAGGCUGCUGCUACUGGAGACCUCCCAACACUUUGGAAGAUCAAAAAGAAGGUUGAUGAUGACCAACAGUUCCGGAGAAUAUGUGAUGAAUAUAGCGACUUCUCCACUGGCCGGAAUGUGUUGCAUCACGCGGCUGAAGUCGGACAUUUUGAUAUUUGCAGAUUCUUGAUUAAGAUCGUCAAAGUUUAUAUUAAUGCCUGGACUUACAAGAGGGAUACUCCUCUGAUAGAAGCUGCUAAAGGGGAACAUGUUAAACUUGUGGAGUAUCUCAUCAAGCAAGGUGCUUCAAUUAGUUCAGGGAAUUCAAAGGGAUACACUGCAUUGCAUUAUGCAGUUCUAAAAGAUAACAGGGAGCUUAUGAAAUUGUUGGUGAUAAAAGGUGCUCGUAUAGAUGCAGAUUCUAUGGAGGGAACACCUUUACAAAUUGCAUCAUCUCGUGGAAAUGUUGAGAUUGUGAAGUUUCUGUUGUCUCAUGACGCUAUGCCAAAUUUAGGUUAUUUAGUUUGGGAGUCCCCUCUUGUAUGUGCAAUCAAAUCUCACUCAUUUGAAUGCAUGGAUGCGCUGCUUAAGGUUCAUCGUAACCACGCUAGUUAUUUCAUUGGGUUUAGUCCUUUGUCAUAUGCAGCAAAAGAAGGCAACGCAAGAUUUCUUAAGUCUUUGCUUGAUGCUGGAGCAGAUCCAAAUUCACCUUUCACAGGUCAUGUGAAACCUAUUGAGGAUGCUGCUUUGGCACAUAAUCGUGAAUGUGUUGAGAUUUUGCUUCCAGUGACAGAACCAAUAGAACAUUAUCCAGAAUGGACUGUUGAUUGCAUAAUGGAGUACUGUGAUUCUGAACUAGCUAAAACAAAGAGAGAGGAUGUUAAGAGUCAGUGCUUGACCAAACUAAUUGAGGCAGCGGAAACUGCAAUGGACCAUAAGAAUUACCCUUAUGCAGUUGUACAUUUUACAGAGGCUAAAAUUCUUGAUCCAUCUAACCCAAAAUGGGCAUCAAAGCGGAGCGUGCUGCAUGCACACGCGGAUAGACGCCUUCUUGCUUUGUAUGAUGCUGAGGAAUGCGUUAGACUCGAGCCACGCUUCCCCGACCCUCACCACGGAGAAGGCACCGAUGCUGCAGCUCAGAUAUUCAAGUACUUCUUCAAUGCAGGCCUUGACUUCAUGGUGGAUUUUCACAACAAAAAAACCGCUGAUGCAUUUAGAAUUGCUUUCUUUGAUUACUUUGCUUGGUUGUAUAUGAUGUGCAGCCCGGAGGAGAUUUGUGAGUUUUAGCCAAGAGUCAUAACAUUGGACCAUAUUCUAUACGUUUAUUCAUGUAACAUUGCAAAUAUUGGUAGCGAUUGCAAAUAGCAAGAGUCACGUAAUUUGUGAAAGCAAAUAGUCAUAACAUUUUUUUCUCUCUACAUUCUUGCGAUAUAAGAUUUUCAUUUGUAA